AUACUUCAGGCAAGGAUGGUUGAUGCCACCACAGCUCACCGAACAUAUUGACGACAACACUGCGUGAAAUUUAGAUUCCUUUAUGAAAACUCUCAUAAUCCAAUAAAUACCUAUCGGGACCAAUGUUUUGCUGUCCUUGUCUGAAACGUACUGAAGAUGUCGACGGAUAUAUCCAAUUUACAACAGAAAGCGGUUCUUUAUUAAGACGGAACUCCACAAGUGACAUAGAAAACUCUUCAAAAGACAAAGAAACCGGGGAUGAUUCAAACACCAGGGUCAAAGAGGACACUUCAAACGACAAAGACUUGUUAGAAGGCAUUGGUCAAGGAGAACACACGGUAACAUUUGUUGAACAUUUGGCGGACAAACUUUUUUAUGCGGGAGAAUCAGUUGUUCUUGUUUGUCAGCUUAACAAAGAUGAAUGUCAAGUCAUUUGGUCGAAGGAUGAGGAAAUCGUCACAAACACGGAAACUGUCAAAAUAAUAUCAGACAAAAGCAGACAUUUCUUAAUCAUCCCAGAAGCAGUGACAGAAAAUAGCGGGAAAUAUACUUGUACAUACAAAGAUCUGUCGACAUCAGCGUCCGUUAUAGUUUCAAGACAAGAAGUGCUUAUACGUAAACAAUUACACGUAGAUAAUGAAGGCGAUAUCAGGGAAUAUAUGAAAGUUUCACUCAGUUGCGAUAUAAACAUACCAGAAAAAACACCAAGAUGGUUCCAUAACAGCAAAGAGAUCGAGAAAAAUAAUGAGAGGGUAACUUUCGACUCGUCAGACUGUAAACAUAAGUUAAUCAUUAACAAUAUUGAGCUUGAGGACAAGGGAGAAUAUAUGGUAGUGUUUGACAGGGUGACAUCAAAAACAUCAAUAACAGUUACAGAACAAGAAGUGCUUAUACGCAAACAAUUACACGUAGAUAAUGAAGGCGAUAUCAGGGAAUAUAUGAAAGUUUCACUCAGUUGCGAUAUAAACAUACCAGGAAAAACACCAAGAUGGUUCCAUAACAGCAAAGAGAUCGAGAAAAAUAAUGAGAGGGUAACUUUCGACUCUUCAGACUGUAAACAUAAGUUAAUCAUUCACAAUGUUGAGCUUGAGGACAAGGGAGAAUAUAUGGUUAUUUUUGACAGGGUGACAUCACAAACUUCAAUAACAGUUACAGGUUGUACAGAUAUAACAAUAAAGCAGCAGAUAAAGGAGGAAAAUUUACAAAAUUGGGUAAGAGGAGUACUUGCCCUAAAAUACGUCAAGCUAGGACUGGAGUUACCUGUUGAGAUUGCUGUAAAAAAUCAUCAUGAACAGAUUUUAAAGGCUUUACCAAAUACUGUCUCAAAUAAAUGUUCAGAAUGCAAUAGCGAAAAUCUCUUACCUUCGCAUGAAAAAAAACAAUGUCCAAGAACCUUGAACAAGCGUAAAUGUCUUUGUUCAAGAAAUGCAUACUACAGACGACUAUGUCCAAACAAUAACUUGUGUAGUGAUAUUUAUGAAAAGAUAGUUCACGACCACCGUUACGAGGACCCAGCGUUAAAUAACACAAGCAUGGGCAAGUGGAGCACCGAUCCAUGGAGUAUAGCAGCUUGCUACAUAAGUAAUACAAAUUCCACCUAUACAUCAGGGUCGGAGCAUAAGAAAUCAUCAAAGGACCUGGAAUGUGCAGAACUGCUGUCUUUGUUCGUCAAUAAUAAAAAAUACCUUAAGAACACAAAAUUUGGCGUUUUUGAUACGGCUCGGAGGCACAGAAACGAGUUAAUGCAUAAUGCAAAGUAUGAAAUAUCCCAUGAAAAACUCAGUGAAUAUUUAAAAGACUUCAAAGAUGUUUUGGAGGUCAUAGAUAAUUCGAACGAAACGGUUUUCACACAUGAUGAAGUCAGACAAGCUUUGAAAGCCAUCAGUGAUCUACAAAACUAUCAAAUUGAUAUAAACACAAGAGAGGAAAUAGAAAAUAUGAAGAAGGAUAGUCGAGCCAAAGCCAUGGUGGAAUUUACAGAGAAACUAGAACAUGCUUAUAGUCAGGUAUAA